AUGUCAAAAUCAGCCGAUUCUGCUUCUGCUACUGCAACUGCCUCAAAGGCCAAACAGAAUACCACUGUUGCAGUAAAUUCGAAUAAUAAUGAAAAAAAAUCUAUAGAAAUUCAAAUUAAUCCUGAAACUCCAAUGUCUGUGGCAAAACUAUUAAGACAUAAUAAAGAAUUAAAACAAAGAAAAGGUUUAUUCCAACAAAGACAAUCUGAUUUCUUCCGUUACAAAAGAUUCAUUAGAGCUUUGAAAUCUCCAGAAUAUACUAAAAAAUCAAAAUUACAACCAGAUAUAUUCCCUCCAGUCAUUUUAUCAGAAACUCCGGCCACAGACCCAAAGGAAAUUGAACAAGAGGAUAUUAGAGCACGUAAUAUAUUCAUCACUUUAAUCAAGACUCAAUUGAUUGUUCCUGCCAUCAAAUUACAUUCUAAUGAAUGUUUCGAACAUCAAUUGAAACCAAAUAAAGAUUAUCCUCAUUUAAUCUUAUCAAAUAAAGCCAUCUUACAACCAGAUCAAUAUUUCGUUUGGAAUUAUAAUCCAAAAUCUUGGUAUGAUACUUUUAUGGGUAUUGGUGUCAUUGGGUUAUUGUUAGCAUUGGUCGGCUAUCCAUUAUGGCCACCGUUUAUGAGACGUGGUAGUUAUUAUUUAUCAAUGGGCUCAUUAGCUUUAUUAGGUGUCUUUUUCGCAAUGGCUUUGGUCAGAUUAUUCUUACAUUUAAUUUCAUUACCUUUUUGUAAUAAAGUUACAGGCGGAUUCUGGUUAUUCCCUAACUUAUUUGAAGAUUGUGGUGUAUUGGAAAGUUUUAAACCUUUAUAUGGGUUUGGUGAAAAGAUUCUUAUUCCUACAUUAAAAAGAUGA